UGCAGAGGGAGAAAGUGUCUCCAUUGGUAUAGGCUCCCUUUGGCUCCCUAAAUGGGAGCCUAUACCGUAACUCUAUCCGCUGGCAGUGGCGGCAUGACAACAGGGCAGUUAAUUUCUUCUAUCUCCUCCAAUAAUGAACCGAUCUGAAAAAUUAUUUCGGUCGAACGCUUUUACAUGGCGCGCCACAGCUUCCAUGUUGUAUAACCAAAAUUAGCAAUGGGGCCUGGUGAGGGGCCCUUUAAGGAGACACUAUGAAGAGAAAACACUUUAUUGUAGGAAAGAUGGGAUCACUAAGCCAACGUCAUGGUGGCGGUCGUGCCAUAGUCUAUAUAUACGACCGAGUGCACGGACGCUCUCUUUCUCUCUCUGUUGCUUGCGUUUUUUUUUUCCGCUCACAGCAUGCAAUAAAGAGUUAAAAAGUUAAGUUUUGUUACUCAUCGCCUCGACUUUGCUCGCGCCUCCUCAGGGACUUCUCCAGCCAGUCAUGUUAUGUUCGCUCGUGAGCCUUGGUACGGAGAAACCUGGGGAGCUCCCGCCCAAGACACGCGUGUGAUAACGUUAUUUAUUAUUUCUACACGAGUGCGCGGAUAACGUUGGUGCGUGCGAAUCCUUGGCACGUAAAUCAAAUAACUGUAGUGCACGAGCAUAACGUCGUAAAUGGGGAGCGUAGCUCACGCUUGUGAGUAUACGUGUGGUUUUGUUUGCGUUCUUUUCGGCAUGGCAGCGACUGACUGAACGACAAUGCACAGAGAGGUGCGCCCACUCGUCAUACGUGGAGUCACUUUCCCACCGAAGCGACCACUGCCAUGGCGUCGGAGCUCCGAGCGCCGGCGCUGCCAUAUUGCUAUUAUCGAAAGCAGAUAUAUACUUCCGGGCCAUUUGAUGUCUGUCUGCUUACGCGCGGUGGCCAAAAGAAGAAAAAAAAGAAGUCGCCGCAAGGAGAGAGCAGCGGCAGGGAACGGGAUCUGCCUCACGUGAUGGCUCGGGACGGGCGCGUGCAUCGCGUGUGGUUUACGCGACUCUUUGUCCUCGACACUGGCGGCGCGGACCCGUACUGCACGCACGUUGAGUCUGUUGGCGGGCGGACUAUUGUGGACCUGGAAGGAACUUUCUCGCUGCUCGAUUUAGCAACAGGACAUUCAAGACGUACCGGUAGAUAUGGCCGUCUACAAGGAGGUUGUUGUUAUAGGCAAUGGGCCAUCGGGCAUCACCAUGUCAUACUUCCUAGCUGGUAAUUGGCCAUGCUACGCACCUGGUGCCUGUCACCCAAACCCGUACCUACAUGCGAGGCUUGAAAAUAAUCGAAGUCUUUCCCUUGUUGAACAGGACCUCUCAUUGCUGAGCUCGGGCCUUGAGGGACGCUCGUGCAACCCAGUGUCAUUACUCCUGGACACCUUGUGCCAUCCAGAUGCUGACCUUGGCUCUGAUGAGCCUUCUGCUCUGAGUUGGGUUCACAAUCCAUCCAGGGUGCUGGACCAUGUUGUCAUUGGCAAUGGUCUACCAGGAGGCAGUUGGCAGAGGAUGGAUGGUGGGAUCCUUACCAUAAGCCUUGGUUCUUGGAUGGAGCUGCCAGACCUGACUUUCAAGGAGUGGGACUCAUCAAAGCCACAGUCGCCGCAAGGCUCCCCCAACUGCCAAAACCGUGUGUCAGUGCAGCGAGUGGCCCAGUACUACCGGGACUAUGUCAACCUCAAGCAUCUGCAGCGUUACUUUCGGAACUUUGCCUCUGUGCAGUCUGUGCGGCCUUGCAACUCCGAGGAUGACCCGGAAGGGGGCCACUUGUGGGAAGUUAAAGGUGUAGACAAACAGACUGGGACCUCUUUCUGCUAUGUCACACCACAUGUUGUGCUAGCAGCUGGCCAUUACGAUGCACCAAGGCGGCUUGGCAUUCCAGGAGAGGACCUGCCUUUUGUGUCCCAUGAUUUGGGACAGCUAGAAGUUCUGCUGCGUGACACCAAGAGUUCCAUCAAGAAAUUGGCUGUUGUAGGAAGUGGGCUGUCAGCUGCAGAUGCUGUGAUCGCAGCACGUUUCCAUGGUGUAGAUGUUUGUCAUGUGUUCCGCAAAAGGGUGGAUGAUCCUGAUCUUGUGUUUAACCAGCUGCCACGAUCUAUGUAUCCAGAGUACCAUAAGGUACACCAGAUGAUGUCCUCAGCUGAGCAUUACCCAGGCUACAAAGCAUAUGCCCAUUGCCAGGUACGCUGCAUCCAUAGUGAUGGCCGCAUGGAACUAGAUUCAGACACAGAAAUUCGAGAUGUCUCCCAUGUAUUGGUGCUCAUUGGAUCCCACCCAAACCUUGACUUUCUGCCUUUGGAAGGCACACAGCUAGGCCUGGUAGCAGGGCUACCGGUAGACUGCAGGGCUAACCCAAUUCAAAUUCACCCCCACACUCAUGAAACUGAAGCUCUCAAAGGCAUCUAUGCUCUUGGGCCUCUUGUUGGGGACAACUUUGUACGAUUUCUCCAAGGCGGUGCUCUAGCUGUGACAGCACACAUUUGGAGGAGUGUGAGUGGCACCUAAGCCUCUCUGGCCAACAGAAGGUACGGGAACAAGGCCUCCAAAGCUACAAAAAUACUGUCAGCUGAGCUGUAUAGCAAAAAUGUCUCACGUGUCACUACAUGUUGUGUGUGACCAUGUUAAUGGGCCCAUUACCAUGGGGAACCUCUGCCCUGACAGGCAUUGUAGCCAAGUCAUGGCACAAAAUGGUAUCUGACCAAUGCAGGAACUAGUCUGUAUUUUUUAUCUAUAUGGUAGGUUUACUGCUGUUUUUCAGCAGUGUUUGGUGUGAGACCACUGGUGAAUUCAUUUUUCACUCUUGUGCUUACCAUUUCAGUUAAGUAGCCCAGUCGAUGGUUUUUUUUAUAUAUAGAAACAUAUUUGAAAUUUGAUGAAAUAGGUGUAUGUACCAUUUGUCAUUGUAGCAGUACUGUGUUGUCAAUUCAGGUUUAUGCUUGCACUCUGAUGCAGAUCUGAUGAAAUCUGGAUUGCAAUGGUCAUGACAGUGAUACCACCAUGAUAGACAAGAUUAUUCCAGUUCACUGUUUGUUGUUUGUUAUCAUUUCUGUGUUUAUUUAUUUUUCAUCCGUAUUGUUUUUAUAUACAGAUACACGUUGAAAUUUCCUAAACUCUAAAAACAUCUUUUUUUGGAAGGUGUUUAUGAAUGUGCAUUCUUGGUUACAUGACUGGUCUUGUAGUUGUGCAACAUAUAGCUGCACUGCGCAUUUUCAUUGUUCACUACAAGAUCAUGUACAUUUGUCAUAGGUAAUGCUGCAAAUUCUGCACCUACAUAUAUGUGUUGCAUGAAUGCAUGCAGGAGGCAAUCUGCUAACAGUGCCACUUAUAAACCAGUGCUCAUUUUUUAUUGUAGUUUCACAAGAAAUGCUGAAUGAAUAUAAGUGUGCAUGUAUAAGUAUCAGUGCUUGUGGAGCUGCCACUGGCAGGUUGAGCAGCUUCUUUUGUGUGUGUGUAUGUGCAUGCAUGUGUGUGUGUACAUGCAUGCAUAUUUGUGCAGUGAGUCAUGUUGAGAAUUAUAUACAUAUAAUUAUAUGAAGUCUAUCAUUCCCUAUGGGUGCUUUGUACUUGUAAAUCGAAUUCGUUCUCUGCAGAAAGAAAAGGAUUUGCCAUUUACAUAGAAGCUACAUUGAAUAGCUUUAUUGAGGAUUGUAAUUGCUCUCAAGCUUCUGGCCUUUAGAGUUUGUCUGAUCUGCUCAAGAUAUAGGAUAUAGUUGCACUACAUUAUGACAAUUGUAAGAUCACUUGUACAUUGCUGUAACACUUUCCUGGUCAAAUUUCUGUACCUUUAAGCUAAUAAGCAGUGUUAAAGAACUGCAUAGCUUCAAGGAAAACUGUGAUAUGAACUUAUAGCAUAAUUUUUAGAGUGCUUGAGUCUGUUAGGAAAUGUGUACCAUUCAGUUGUACUGCCUUUGACUUUUAAGUGGCAGCAAUGGGGGUGACGUGCUGCACAGGCAUCACUAUGCAGAGGAAAAUAUUUUCAGGUCCUGAUUGUCCACAGCUGUAACGCAAACAAUGUAGUAAUGAAUGUAGGUUCAUGUAGAGCUCGUUUACACCUGAAACCAUUUUAUAACUUUCUUUUUUUAAGGAACUACCCUUAUAUUAUCUGUAUAAAACUGCAGAUAAAGACAUUUAUUUGAGCUAAAAGGCUGAAUUGAAUACAUUUGAACAUAGAUUCAUUUCAGGUCCUGAUUGUCCACAGCUGUGACGCAAACAAUGUAGUAAUGAAUGUAGGUUCAUGUAGAGCUCAUUUACACCUGAAACCAUUUUAUGUUUCUUUUUUAAGGAACUACCCUUAUAUUAUCUGUAUAAAACUGUGCAGAUAUAGACAUUUAUUUGAGCUAAAAGGCUGAAUUGAAUACAUUUGAACAUAGAUUCAACUUAGUUGUACUUGCAGCUGCAGCUGAGAAUGUCGUUCAAUCGUGAACUUCAUUAAAUCAGUGCUCCAGUGUCUUAGCGCUCCUGCAGUCCAUGUUCUGAAUGAGCUCCAAUAGAAAUGCAGGCAAUGAAUUUCAGACAUGGCUAAAAUGCUCACGCUGUCAUUUUGUGUAGUCACGAGUGCACUACUUGAUAUUUAUAGGAUAGGCAUGUGCACUUGAGCUGCAAAGUUUAUAUAACCAAAGCAGUUACCAUCGUGCAAAAAUUUUUCCGCCAAUUUUUGUGGUGCAACACAGAAUUUCGCUCGUGAAAACAUACUGUACACAACAGCAUGAUUCAUGCAUUUGUUUAGCGUGUGUAACACCGUAGUUACUGCACUAAUCGCCACUCGACAGAAAUAAACUAUUGUAGGUAUGAAGUUAACUUAUUUUGUGUCUCAAAAAGAAGUUGCAACCAGUUAUAAUUUAUGACGGAUAGGAAAGUUUUCUUUCCUUUUUAUUCUAACAAAUACCCCCCCCCCAUUCCCCCUUUAUUUCGUUGAGACACUGGUAACUUAGCCCAACUUAGCACACUUGGGCUUGGUGGGCUUAUCAAUAUAUUACAUAACCUGGUAGGGUUGCUGGUAAGCCCACAGAUCUCAAGAGGCAGUCUUUCUGCAUUUCUUUCUUCUUUUAUCUUUCUUUUAGCACCGAUAAAAUAAUGUAUACUCAUGCCAUUUUAUGGGAAUUGUGUGCAAAAGUGUGUCCUAUGUUGUGGGAGUGGAAUCGCUAUUGCAUCAGCUACACAGGUUGACUAGACGCAGCUGCCAUGAGUGCACAGAUGCCUGCAGCUGUUCCUGUUUGCAUGUUCCUGAGUAUCCUCAUGGUUCCAAAUGCAGUACGCUGAGCAUGAGUGCUGACAAUACGCCAGGUUAACAGAUGGCAUACAGCAGCAGAUAUUAAUCUGCUAAUUUGUUGUCCUCGUCUUCCUUCAGAUGACACUCAGAGGUGUCUGAUGUGCAUAAUCAGAGUGUGAAAAUUUCUCAAAUCGAGACUGCACAGCAAAAUUGCUUUUGCAAUUGAAGAAAAAAAUAAUAUGCAAUGUUCAAGAAAGUGUAACUCAACAAAGGAAUUUUUUUUUUCAUCGCAGCUUUUAUUACGUUGGGCCUCUGUAGGUAGUACACUACAAGAAGUGUUUUGUUUUGCAUUUUCGCCUUUUCUCAAAAAGCUCGCACUUCGUUUUUUGCCAUGUUGGAGUGUUGUGUGCGAAUGUCGGCAUGAACAAGUAACCACAGAAAUCCAUGGAACAUCCAGCAAGAAUCUAAAUUUAUUUAUAGAACAAGGCAUACAUAGUAUGUACAACGAAUAUCCAUUAAUAGAUAGCCAUGCUAGGUGUCUGAUGGAUAUGUGACAUACAUAAAUAAAUGCCUAUUUAAGUAUUUGUUCUUGUAUAUUUAAAUAUAAGCUGCACCACUGUUUCGUCCAUGUAAUUUGCAAAUGAAACAUAACAUGUCAGUAGCAUACUUCUGUCUCCUACUUUGACACACACAAGUUUUGCUGUCUACUCAGCCAUUGAGGUAGAUGUCGCAAAAACAGUGUCACAUUCAACUAAAAAUAUCUAAUAAGGAUUGUAACAUAAAUAGCAUGAAUGUUCUGAAACAAGACAACUUUAUAGUCUCAUACACUCAACCACAUUGACUGUUUCUUUUCUUACGACUGACGAAAUUCACUAUUAAAUCUUCACUCAUUUGUUUUGAGACAAUGGUGCUAGUAUGUGCUGACAUAUGGGUGUGUGAAGGUGCUCUCAACUGGUUGACUGGAUGCACGAGAUGCUUCAGCAAAAUUACAGCACUUGAGUGCCAAAUGUCUGAUAUCUGUAUUUAUCCUGUGGAAUGCCAACUAAACUCAAUUGCAAAAAAAAAGGUAUGCCUUUGUUUUUCCAAAAUGAAAUAUCCAAUUUGAAUGUUCGACAGAUGUUAAGCAGAAAUUCAAUGAUACCCUCAGCAUAUUGGUGACACUGUUGAAGCUCGGGCAAGUUGGUGCAAAAUUUUUUUUUCAACAGCGCAAAGGACAAGGACCUUUGCGCGGUUGAAAAAGGAAUAUUGGUGAAUGUCCACUACUUGUCCAGUGGGUAUCUGUGGUUACCUAUGUAGCUGUGGUUCAUGCAAUGUGGCUUCAUACUGUGCUUGUGGUGUAACACCUGACCAUAUUUUGGGAAACAGUGUUUGAUGGCUGCAUUAUAGAAAUGUUACCAGAAUAUGUGUAGGUGUAUAAUUUUCGUGUCAAUUGCAUAACAACAAAGCCCUAAAGUACUACUAACACACACCUACAGGCAUUCAUUUCUAGGGGUAUUGUAUUGCCUACAGCAAAGCCAGUAACAGCACUGCUUCCUCCGAUCACGGAAGUGUGAAAAUAUGUAUUUAUGACUGUUGCACGAGGCAUCGCAGGCUUGAGAUUCCGUUCAUGUGCAACACUGGCCAUGGUUACCAUAAAAAGGCCAACAGUUGAAAAAUUAGUAACUUCAUGCAAAUUGUGCUUGUUUGCGUUGUAGUGUGAUUAUAAAUAUCGGUACUAGGCUGAUUGAUAAGAGUAACCUAACAAAUUAUUUUGCAACCAUAAGGACAUUUGUUUUAUUCUGCUCCAACAUCAUUUAGAGGUGAAUCCAGUAUAUAUGAUGUUUGUGUGCAUUAGUAUUAAAUUGUGCAAAAGAAAAAUAAAUUCAGACAUUUAUCAAGCUUGCCUGAUGCUUCAGAAGGCUCAGGUUUUAGUCCUUCUAACAGACGUAGCUAAGGUGGUUUGCUAUAUUUCUGUAACUGCCAGAUCAACCUGUAGUAGUAACAAUCAAACCAGUUUUUGGUUUUACAGGGAGGGAGCUACUGCAGAAAGCACACCCUUCUCGAAAUGGGUACAAAUUCCAGUAAGUUUAGCUCCUAAAGCACACAAUGUGGCAUGUUGCUUGUAUAGAUUGUUUCGAUAAUAAAACCCACAAUUGGAGGAUUUACCUAAGACAGUAUACCUAAGGGUGCUGUCUAAACAGAAGCAGCAGGAGCUGCUUUGCCUACAGAAGUUUAUGGAUUAUUUACAUUACACCAUUCUAUGUCACAGUUUUCUCUAUACAUAUGUUUUGCAUACAUUAGUGCCCGAUGAUGUGCAGUACUGCACAUGUGCUUGAAUGAAGAGCAUGUGCUUUCUUAUUCCACUGAGCAGAGCAUAAUGGUAUUGGCCAGGGUAUCACAAAUGUUGCCUAAACAUUGUGAUAAAUUUUCUCUUAAAUACAUUCUGAUAAAAUGUUCUCAGUGUAUGCCAAUAGUGCAAAGUGAUUGAAGAGUGGAUAAUAAAUCUUGAAACUGCCAAGAUGUUGCAUGUUAAACCUUGCAUCCCACAUGAAUAAAGACUGUCAGAGACUGUAA